AUGAACGGACUAGGCAUUGAUGAUGGAGAAGGAAAAGGCGAAAUUUCUCCGGGCACGAUGGUCGGCUCGUCCCUGUUAAAUGGCAGGAAACAACGAAGCGAGGAGGCCGACGAACUUGACUAUGAGGAGCAGUCGGCAGCGAGCCCAGAGCCGGUUCUGGCUGCGCUGAUACAAGGGAAACAAGAGGAUAAAGCUAGGGAUAAAUAUGUGGGCAUCAGCAGCUCUGAAGUAAAUACAGUGGCAGCCGUGGGGGUUGGCGGCAAUGUCGAUGGCAGACAACUACCCAGCCCAGCCCCAACGCCAGAGCCAGAGAGUCAAAUAAAUAUAUGGCCUGAGAAUGCCACGGACGAAGACCCUACCACCCUGAAGAGGCCACCUGGCCAGAUACCAAGACCUGCGGCAGCCGAUGUUACGCUUAAAGACCACUCAUAUACCCCGUCGCACCCAUCAAAGUCAAAUAAACAGAGCGCUGGGACGGACGCAACAAAAGAAAGAGACAAGGUCCAGAAGCUGUCUCCCGCGAAAUUACAGGAUUUAGCGUCUUCGCCGGAAUUUACUUGUCUGCGAGUAACGGAUGAUGCUGACACUGAUAUCGAAGUUGAUGCCGAGAGGCCACAAAUUCAGCAGAUACCACCCUCGAAACCAGUUCUUGACCUCGCAUCUGUCGAAGUAGAGACAGGACCGGAACUAGAACCAUCGACAACUCCACUGAUAUCCUUGAAGGCGAAAGAUGAGGAAGUAGGUAUCUACGACGUAGAUAUGGGCACUGGCACUGGCUCUAUUGGUGCAAUAAAGGAUCGCAAUAGAAGCCGUGCGCGAACACGUCGGUCUAGCACCGGGAAGAAGCAAGUCCAUCUUCAGGAUCCGUUGGAGUUUCAUGGCCGGCGUGUUAAUAGCGAUCCUUCCCAGCCUCUUCCUACCUCAUUUCGUCCUCGAGACAAAGCUUCAUCUGUGUCUGGCCCAGUGCCUGCGGCCGAAAGAGAGCGGCUAUACGACAAUGGCUCAGGUAACCGUUCAAGACGGAUGCCGUCCCCGUUGAAACUAGAUGCAGGUUCUCGGUCAACACGCUCAUCGGGUGUAAACAGAAGCGUAUCUCCCGUACCAGCGUCUAUUCCAAUUCCACCCUUUUCUAUACCGACAUACCUCCAGCUCGAACUGUCCUCUCACAGGCCAUCAUCCCUCUACAUCCAUCGAUCAGGAGCUCAUGAUUUUCCCUAUGAAAGCUCUCGGGUAAUGUUAGAAAGAUUGCAGAAUUUCUUUCUUCUUCCUCCGCUUCUAGAACAGGCGUUAUGUUUCGGCACUCUAGCCUGUCUCGACUCGUGGCUGCAUACUUUCACCCUUCUCCCGUUACAAUUUCUAAAGGCGGUUUACAUCCUGCUACAGUCCUGGAUGAUUAACCUUGGACUUGAGAUUCGUUUUGUCGCCUCGUAUAUAGUGAGCGGUCUCGGUCGGAUGUGGAAACGUCGACGACGGCGUGACUCUGUCCGUGAAACAACGCAUGAAAAACCAAUCAAUAUCAAAGAUGCUUCACCGAAGCUUAUACCCAUUGACCCAUCGCCAAUAGAUGGCAGUCCAGCCCUAGAUCCAGCUUCAGGCUCAGAAGCGCGUCGACGUCGUGGAUCUACGACUCGAAGACAUCGGAGGACCAAGUCUAUUCCGUCUACGUUACUUGAAAAUGACAAGGCAGAUAUCCUCAAGGGAUUACUGAUGAUAUUUACCUGCACUAUUCUAAUGUACUUCGAUGCAAGUCGAAUGUACCACUGGAUUAGAGGGCAGGCAGCUAUCAAGCUCUACGUUAUAUAUAACGUUCUUGAAGUUGGUGACCGGCUACUUUCCGCCAUUGGCCAGGAUGUUCUCGAAUGCCUAUUCUCUCAAGAAGCACUGGAACGAAGACCGGAUGGCCGAAGCAAAGUUGUACGCCCGUUUUGGAUGUUUAUUUUCGCUCUUAUAUAUACCGUUAUCCACGCCACGGCGCUCUUCUAUCAGGUGAUGACCCUGAAUGUGGCAGUGAACUCAUACUCCAAUGCACUGAUUACUCUACUAUUAUCUAACCAGUUCGUCGAGAUUAAAUCGACGGUCUUCAAAAGGUUUGAAAAGGAGAAUCUCUUUCAACUCACCUGUGCAGAUGUUGUUGAGCGGUUCCAGCUAUGGCUCAUGCUCAUCAUAAUCGCAUCCAGAAAUUUUGUGGAAACAGGAGGCUUCAAGCUCGGAAAUGCCUUGACAUCUCAAAGCAGUGCGACAACUACCACGAACAGCACAACUGCCUUUAAGCCAUCUACGUCAAUCCUCCCGCAAUCAUUCACCCUUCUUAUCCCAUCAUCUGUAUUUUCAUCCUUGAGCAGUGUUAACUCCAUUCUCCCUGCAAUUGGCCACCUUUUGGCCCCUUUUCUUGUUGUUCUAGGUUCCGAAAUGGUAGUUGACUGGCUUAAACAUGCCUACAUCAGCAAAUUUAACAACCUUAAGCCUGCAAUGUACGGCAGAUUCCUCGACAUCCUUGCCAAAGAUUACUACAGCAGCGCAUUUUCCGAUCCGAAUCUCAACCGCCGCCUCGGACUACCGGUUAUACCGCUUGCUUGUUUAUUUUUUCGCGUUUCAGUUCAGACAUACCAGAUGUUUCUAACUGCUUGGCUGCCGCAAUUAUCAUCUUCUCCUUUUUACCCCCCACCGUCGAAUGCUACAUCUUUGACUGAGAUACACAGUCACUACGCCCCUAUUUCAGGCUCAUCGGCCUCGUUAUCGUCUGUUAUACCCGAUUUCUCCAAUGCUUCCGCAUCGACAAUUCUAUCUUCCAUAUCGCUCUCGACAAUUGCACAAGCAGCUUCUUCCAUUUUCCAAACACUCGUAUCAUACGCCACACCCUCUCCCGAAUCAUUUGUCCCUAUUUUCACCGUCAUCCUUGUCCUACUACUCUAUAUAACCUUACUUCUGGGAAAGCUUGUCCUGGGCAUGAUCCUUCUUGGCUACUCCCGCACAAGAUACAAGAACAUGAAAUACCGUGAGCGUGAGUACGCAGCGCAGCAGAAACGAGAACAACGUCGCCAGCAACACCAACAACACAUGAAAUCCACAUCCCCUUUGCCCCAUGUGCCUUCAUUCCCUGCUCAAAAUAUCGAAUCAUCCUCGUUCAAUAGCGCAAGCAACAGCAACAGUAACAGCGAUAUUAUAGAAGGAGGUCGACGUGGUGGCGGCUGGGGCGCUGUGGAGGUUGGAGAAGAUAAAAGAAGAUGGAUAUACGUCGAUGACCCUGAGGGUUUGCGAAGACUACGCGACCGCGAAGCGAAGAGCAGGAGUGAUAAUCCCGGCGGGUCUGGGAGCGGGGCUCAUGGGCUGGAAAAUGUGAAAAGGUACGAAAUGGCGGCGAAGAGGAUAUGGUAA